GGGGAGGUCAUUGGAAACUACAGGAAGACCUUCCGAUUCGAGACGGACAAGAAUUGGGCGAGGGAGGGGGAUGGAUUCAAGCACUUUGAUCUCGGGGCGCCGCUAGGUCGAGUCGGGCUGGGGAUUUGUAUGGAUGCAGAUAUGAACCCCAAAGACUUUGUCGCGCCAUGGGAUGCCUUCGAACUCGCCAGCUACGCCCGGAAGAACGCCAUCGAUACACUGGUCGUACCGAUGAACUGGCUCGAUGCGCCCGUCGAACCGCCCAAUGCCCCACCGCCACAGGAUCCUGAUGCCCCGUCCGAGUCUACCUUGAAUUACUGGGCGGCCAGGUUGACGCCGCUACAUGAUCCCACGCCGGACUAUGCGGAGCUGGGCGCGGCGGACGGCGCUGAGAACGGGGGGAAGGAGGUCAUUUUUGUGGGGUGUAAUAGGGUCGGAACUGAGGAAGGGACGACCUUCAUCGGGACGAGCUGCGUCAUGACCGUCUCGUCGGACCCAUCGCGGAUAGAGCUUGUGGAUUGCUGUACUAUCUCAGAGGAACGAGUCUUGGUCACUACCGUUUCGUAA